GAAAGUUACAUGGAGAUUCCUUUUAAGGCAUAGUCUCGGAAGCUGCUUCGUUAUGCUAUUCAAAGUUCCACUUUCGGAAUAACCUUCAUCAUCACAAACAUACCACUGAGCUGAAGGGAGAAUGAUAAGAUGGAGAGAAGAGAAAACUAGAGGAAGGAGCAUUAUAUGGGUUAACUAUCAGCAAAAGUAUACAAAUAUAAAUGCGAGAAUCUUAAGUAAUCCAUAUUUGAUUAUAUUAUAUGCUUAAUUAUGGAAAAAAUAUAUGAUAUAAAUGCGAAUUUUUGUAAGUAAUCCACAUUAACUGAAUUAUAAGAGCGAUGCAAUAUUUAUAAGAGCGUUGUAAAAUUGUGAAAUUUCAUGCAAGAAGACAAAAGAAAUCGGUGGAAAACAAAAUAGUUCUUAUUUGUUUUCACUUUUAUAUUGAACCAUAUUAUCAAUUGUAUAUAAUAUAGAGAGAAUAUAUUUUGGAGGAAUUAAAACAAAAGAUUGGGAGGAUAUAAGAUUUAUGAGAAUAUCUCGCAUGUGAGAAAGAAUUUGAUGAAUUAUUAGAUGAAUAACUAAAUUACAGUGAUACAAAAAGUAAAAUAACAUACAAAGUAAGAGCAUUUUCAAAGUAACAAUCAUGUUUUAAUAGUAUGGAUGAUCAAAGGAAAAUUGACUUUCUAAAAGGUUUGAGAAGCUAUUAAUUAGAAAAGUAAAGUCGUUGGAAAAAAAACUUAUAUAGUCAAAAUUAAACGGAAAUUGUAUCAACAAAAAGGAAAGUAACCAACAAAACUUAAAUAAAUUAGGUUUCAAAGAUCCUAGAUCUAAACAAAAAUUGGUAUAAUCUUGUAGCCCUAUAAAUACCUCGCCCAUAUUAAAUUCUACAAUUCAUCACUGCAAUCAAAGCAAAGCAAAAACCCUAAGAAACUAUAGAUAUCGUUUUUCAUUAUGAAAUCCAGAGGCGACUUGUAUUUCAGGCAUGAGAUCGACCGUAACCCUUCAGCCUCGGAUGCUGGCACAAUCAAAGCAUGCGCAACCAUGGUCACGUGGCACGAGGACACGGAAGAUUCUGAAAAAACAUUCUCGUUUACGUUGUCGGCGGAGGACGUCAUUGAACGCCAAGGACUUGCCAACAAAAUACAAGAACUAGACGAGCUAUUCAUGGAAGCUGCUUUCCCUCAAGAAGAUAAUUUGCUUUUGUUGACCCAAGAUGCCUAUCAUUGUUUCUUUGAAUUGAUUUCCUCACGUGAUUAUAGCAGAGAUUGUGCUAUGUCUCUGUGGUUUACUUUUCGUGUUUGGCGUCCUCCUCCUCCUCUUCCUCCUUCAGUUGAUGAAUUUGAGGAGGAUGAUGAUGAUGAUGAUGAUGAUGAUGAUGAGGCGACCAAUAGUAAUAUUCCAAUCAGGGCAGCAAGCAAGCUCGUGGUCAAGUCCUUAACCAAGAAAAUAUACAAUAAAGUUGACUCUCUCGCCAUUGACAGUUGCACUAUUUGUUUGGAAGAGUUUAAGAAUGGAGUCAAUGUUGUCGAGUUACCCUGUGGACAUGAGUUUGAUGAUGCAUGUAUCGCACACUGGUUCGAGACCGAUCACAUUUGUCCAUUGUGUCGUUUCGAGUUACCUCGUGAGCAUCAUUGAAGAUAUUGAAAAUUAGGUUUUUCAAUUUUUAUAAAGUAUGUUGACAAAAAUAAAACAUUGUACAAGUUUUCAUAUUUUCGCUUUUUUUCUUCCCGUAAAACUAUGCACUUGAUUCGAUUUCGCUUAAUAUGAUGGAAUGCAUCUAUUGUUCUGCGGCUUUUGUCAACCAUGAUGCUCAUAAAUAAAAGAUUUGGUUAAGUGAACGUAAGGGACAUCAACUGAAAUUGUUAGCUAAGGUUUUGCCUCCAUCACCUAAAUUAAGUUAACCAUGCUUCUUUAUAUAAAUACGUUUUAAAUUCGUUAUUCUACAAUUUUGAUAGAACUAACAAAGACACCUUUUUACUUAUAUUAAUGGUAUAUUUAGAACAAAAAAAACACACUUGAUUUUAUGACAUUUUCAAGGUGUUUCUCAAAAACUCUCCAAACCAUAAAUAUGAUUGAAAAUGAUUCAAACACUAAGUCGUUUACUAUAGUAUAUGUUCGAUUA